AUGUUGCAUGAUUUUCCAUCUCGUGUCGAUGAAUUUAUUGGCAAUUUGAUCGAGUCGUCUGAUCCGUCGUUGGUGCCGUUCUUGGUUGCUGAUAUUGUUUAUUCAUGGGCUGCAACAAUUGCCAAGAAGUACAACCUAGUGAACGUGUCAUUCUGGCCAGCACCAGCCUUGGUGUUUGCUAUUAAUAAUUAUUACUACGACCAUCUAAGUACAAAUGGUCAUUUUCCACGUACAGAUGAUCUCGUGUACUCGAUUGAUUACAUUCCUGGAGUUGAGUCGAUCAGUAACAAGGACUUGAUGCCGUAUCUUCAUGAAGUGGACACCACAACAGUCACUCACAAGAUUCUUAUCAAGGCAUUUGAGGAGGAUAAGAAGCCAACAUAUGCAAUAGGUCCUGUCAAUUUGUCCUCUGAGUGUAUCAAAACCCGUGUGCCCAAGAGCCUGCUCUUUGAAGUAGACUGCUCCAAAUGGCUCGAAUCAAAGCCUCCCGGCUCAGUCUUGUAUGUCUCAUUUGGUAGCAUUGUUCAGACCAAUAAGCAGAUAAUUGAAGCGAUAGCUCAAGGACUUCUCCUUAGUGAAGUAAGUUUUGUUUGGGCAAUUCGCCCCAAGAUUGUUAGCUCGAUUGAUGACAGUGAAAAUGUUUUACCAGCUGGAUUUGAGGAUAAUAUUAAGGAUAAAGGGUUGAUUGUCCCCUGGUGCAAUCAAAAUGCCGUCCUCUCCGAUCCAGCAGUUGGAGGAUUUCUGACACACUGCGGGUGGAAUUCAAUAUUGGAAAGUAUGUCAUGUGGUGUUCCAAUGAUUUGUUAUCCGGUAAUGUAUGAUCAGCCUACUAACCGAAAAUUGGUGGUUGAUGAUUGGAAGAUUGGAGUUAAUCUCUGUGAUGGCAUAUCGAUUAAUGGGGCAGAAGUAGCAUCAAAGAUUAAGCAGCUAAUGUGCGAAAAAACAUCAGUUGACAUCAGGAAUGAGAUGAUGAAACUCAGGAGCAUACUGCAUGAUGCGUUGGCUGAGGAGGGAUCGUCCAAUAGAAAUUUUGAUCAAUUUAUCCAGGACUUAAAACAUAAAAUGCAUGUUUAG